AUGGAUCACUCCGAGAGAAGUUUCAUGUACCAGCCCUCCUCAUCUCUUCCCCGACCAGGCAGUAGUAGGAUCCCCCCGCCAACGCCCUCGACAAAAGUCUUAUAUGAAAUGCCGCCUCCAAAUACCACUACACGGCUACCGUCCUACAACACAACCCACAACACAACAACAAACCACAACAACCCUCCUGCUACAAUCAACAACGCCUUCUCUACGGGAAUCCCUAACUCUACUUUCACUAACACUUCUGCAAUCCGCCAGCCCAAUAGCCGUAGUAAUAGUAUCUCCAGCAUGAACAACGACUCUGCAAUGAUGCCUCCACCCUCCCAAGCCGUCACAGCAUCCCUCAAACAAAAAUCUUCAAGUCGGUCUCCUACCUCAUCCUCAUCCUCCUCCACAUCCUCCUCCUCCCGGGACAACAGCGUUGCUCCCACCUCCCCCAGUUCAAUCCCCGUUUUCAAUAAUAAUAAUAAUAAUAAUAAUCCUAAUAAGCGAGAUCUCUCAUGGAAAAGUACUAAAAGGAAGGUAACCACAGUCUCAGGAUCCGGCGGUUUUGGCCAGAAACGCACCACCCUCACGGACCGCGCCGGGCAGCCCGCCAGCGCAAAAUUUUCCUCCGGCACCACCCGCGCUGCGGGCGGCAGCAGCACGGCAUCCCAUGGACGGAGCGCGAGCGGCCAGAUGGGGAGGUCAACCUCGUCGUCGGGCUUCUCAAAGAGCGUCGGCAGCAGGCCCAAUUCGUCGCUCGGAAUACGAGGGGGGGUGCCCGCCCCCGCUCCCAGGACUGGAAUUACGGCCCCCGGACCAAGGCCGACAAGUUCGUUGAGUGAUCGUCCGGAGAGCGGCGGCAGCGGCGGGAUUGAUCCCACUGCUGCUAUACCGAGGCGGAAGGGUAAGAAGCAUAGGGCACCCCCUUCGUUUUCUCCUAGGUUUCAAUGCGUUGACAAUAGCAACUUUCUAGCAUGGGACCUAAAGGGAAGACUCGAGGACACCGAGAGUGCGAUCGAGAUGAUGAGGAGCAUGAUGAUGCAGGAACGUACAGAGUCAAACAAUAUUAAGGAGCAACUUGAGGAUCACAAGUUGAAAGGUAAAGCCAACCCCCCUGUGGGCGAUGUGGAAAGUUCUGUAUCCUCACACAGCGACUUUUUAGCCUACCAACUCGAGACGAUGCGGGUAACCCUCGAAACGAAGAACACGCAGAUGCAGCUCGAACUCGAAAACACCAUGAAGAAGGCCUCGGAGCUCGAGAGACUCCUCGACGACGAGCGAAGAGACCGCCGGCAGGAACGGGACGAUGCAACAAGGAGACUACGCGAUGAAACUGACGACAUUCGACGAAAGUUACGUGACGAGGUCGAAGCGCUAAUCAAAUCAAACAGGGAGGCAAUGGAGAAUUUGGAGCGAAGGGCUCGAAUGGAAAUUGAGGAUGAGCGCGCUGCAAGGCAGAGGGAGGUGCAGGAGAUCUCGACAAGGGCAGCAAUGGAAAGGCAGAAGCUGGAAAUGGAAAUGGGCGGGAGCGCACGGGAAAUCCGGGGACUAAAGGCAGAGCUUGAGGCAACAAUCACCGAGCUUGAGAGGGAAAAGGCCAUGACGGCCAAUUUGAAGUCCACUCUGUCAGAGUCGUCUUCAACCACGCUCCAGCUGGAAUCAUCGGCACGUGCUCUUCGGACCCGGAUUGAAAUGCUUGAGAGCGCUGGACAGUCGCAGGCCCAGAGUUUUGCGGAAUUGGAACAGAGGCUUAGACAGGCCCUAGAGGAGACCGCGAUAGCGAAGGAGAAGCUUAGGGCUGAGGAAACUUUGCGGAGAAAGCUGCACAACCAGGUUCAGGAGCUCAAGGGAAACAUCAGGGUGUUCUGCCGUGUGCGACCAACGCUCCCAGCAGAGGCUGGCGGUGGUGCCGAAAUGCAGUUCCCGGACACGGAUAAGGAGGGCAAAGAGAUCCAGAUCAUCGGUGCAGCGGAGAAGAGCGCUCUGGGAAACGUUGUUACAAAGGCGUAUCCAUUCUCUUUCGACAAAGUAUUUGGACCCACUGCACAGAACCCCGAGGUUUUUGAGGAAAUUUCACAGUUGGUACAGAGUGCUUUGGAUGGAUAUAAUGUGUGCAUUUUCUGUUAUGGUCAAACUGGUUCCGGAAAGACAUAUACCAUGUCCUCUUCGGACGGUAUGAUCCCCAAAGCAGUUCACCAGAUCUACGAAACCGCCAAGCAGCUCGAGGAAAAGGGUUGGACGUACACCAUGGAGGGUCAAUUUGUGGAAGUUUACAAUGAGAACAUCAACGAUCUUCUCGGACAGGCCGACGACUUCGACAAAAAGAAGCACGAAAUCCGGCACGACCCGAAGGAGUGCAAGACGACCAUCACAGAUAUCAAUACCGUAGUGUUGGACAACCCGGCCAAAGUGGAGCAGAUUCUCAACCGCGCUUCAAAGACCCGGUCAGUGGCAGCAACCCAGGCGAACGAGCGUUCCUCGCGAUCACACAGCGUGUUCAUUCUGAAGCUCCGGGGCGUCAACUCGGUCACGGGUGAGAGAAGUGAGGGAACAUUGAACUUGGUAGAUCUGGCCGGAAGUGAAAGGCUGGCACACAGUCAGGCCACCGGUGACAGGCUGAAGGAGACACAGAGCAUCAACAAGAGUCUGAGUUGUCUCGGCGAUGUCAUUGCAGCGCUCGGGAAUGGAAAGGAAGGAGCCCAUAUUCCAUACAGGAACUCCAAGCUUACAUACUUGCUCCAAUACUCGCUUGGCGGCAACAGCAAAUGUCUCAUGUUCGUGAUGGUUUCGCCAAUGCAGGCCCAUUUGGCAGAGACCCUUACGUCCCUCAAGUUUGCAACAAAGGUCAACAACACUUCCAUCGGCACCGCAAAGAAGCAGUCGAAGGUGUCGGUAUAG